UAGAAUUUUAGAAUGUUUGGAGGCGGAGAGACUGGUGGUAGGGUGCAACAGUACUGUGUUGGAUAGCAGGAGGAGCCGCGGCUGCUAAAAGAAAGGGAAAUGCAAAGACGCGUAUGGACGAAGUGGAAGAUUGGGCUUGGAAAUAGAUUAAGCAAACCAUAUAUUGCUCUAAAAGCAUAGCGUUUGGUUGGAGACGCAAAGGCUUUAAGCGCGGACAUCCAAAGGAAAAGAGGGAUUCAGCAAAGGACUGUUUUCAGUGACCAGGCUCUCGGUGUUAUUGGAGAGCAGCGCAACUCUGACGGAGUUUCACAUGUUAAUGUAAUGGAAACAAUAUUCCAGCUCCCGUGUCCCUCAGAAAUGUAUCAAGGGGAGAAAAAUAAUUGACUCUUGAGGGUAAUUUUAUCAAGCAGUGGUUGAGUUUGAUAGUGGAUGCACUGAGAGCACUGUGCCCUGUCAUGCACAAAGCUAUGUUAAAACAACUAACUUGGAAUAACACCGAGCAUUCAGUCAAGUCAACGAGAAAGCCAUGGAAAAAUAAUAUGGAAAGUGUACAGUAUAAGCCUCAAUUUUGAUAUUUUUUUUUGCCCCAGAUAUUCUGCAACACCCCCCACCCCCACCCCAGAAAACUGCCUUUCUUGCCCACAGCCAUUCAGAGUUUUCCCGGAGGGGAGCCUCAGUUCCGCUCUGGCUUUAUCACAACAUUACGGACAGCUGCAGUCAACUUGGAAAGACACACGUGGAGCCAACAAGAUGGAUACUGACAUUUACAGUUGGCCCACUCUGGUUUGAAAAUGUGAGGGCCAGGAACGCCCCCCCCCCCCCCCCCAUGAGGAAUAGCUGGAACAGCAGUGUCUCAAAAUGUCCCAAACCAGUUUGCUGCAGGGGAAGCGCUUCUAUUGCAGGGAGUGGGUCUUUCACAAGAUCCAGCACUGCCUCCAGGAAAAAAACCACGGCCUGAAUGGGCCCGCCAGCACCCCCAGCAAGCCGGCGGCGGCCCCCAGCCCUGGCGCAUCCAUCCCCGGUGGCUGCUCCGCGGCGGGCCCCGCCAAGACCACCGCCUGGGGGGUUUUGCUGGUGGGGGGGCCCGGGAGUGGCAAGACAGCCCUGUGCGCGGAGCUCCUGUGGCCCACCUCGGCGCAGGGCACACACCGGGGGCUGCAGCAGCAGUGCAUGGCCUUCCACUUCUGCCGGGCGGACGAUUCGGACACGCUCUGCGUGGGCGGCUUCAUUCGAGGCCUUGUGGCCCAGGUCUGCCGGAGCGGCCUGGUGCCGGGGUACGAGGAGAAGGUGCGCGACCCGGCGGUGCAGAGCGCCCUCCAGCCCGGGGAGUGUGAGAGAAACCCCACAGAGGCUUUCAAGAGGUGCGUUCUCCUCCCACUCCUGAGCGCCAAGCCGCCGCAGCAAGCCCUCUUCCUCCUGGUGGACUCCGUCGACGAAGGCUGUCAGCUGGGUGAGGGAGAGCACAGGUCUUCGGGUUCCGACUCACCCAGGACCAUCGCGGAGCUUCUGGCCAGUCACCAUGAGUUCUUCCCGCCAUGGCUGCUCCUCAUCUGCUCUGCCCGGCGACAGAACAAGGCCAUAACCAAGCUGUUCACAGGAUUCCGUAAAAUCAGCCUGGACGACCUUCGCAAAGCCUACAUUGUCAAGGACGUGCAGCAGUACAUCCUCCACCGGCUUGACCAAGAGGAGGCUCUUCGCCAGCACCUCACAAAGGAAACCGCUGAGAUGCUCAACCAGCUGCACAUCAAAAGCAGCGGCUGCUUCCUGUACCUGGAGCGCGUGCUUGAUGGGGUGGUUGAAAAUUUCAUCAUGCUUCGAGAGAUACGUGAUAUACCCGGCACACUCAAUGGCCUCUACCUGUGGCUCUGCCAAAGGUUGUUUGUCAGGAAGCAGUUUGCCAAAGUCCAGCCCAUCCUCAACGUUAUCCUUGCAACAUGCAGGCCUCUCACUGUCAAGGAGCUUUACCAUGCUGUCUGGACCAAAAACAUGACCCUUACCAUGGAGGACUUUCAGAAGAAGAUGGACAUUCUCUCCAAGUUGUUGGUUGAUGGCCUCGGAAGUUCUAAGAUCCUCUUCCACUACAGUUUUGCGGAGUGGCUUCUGGAUGUUAAACAUUGUACCCAAAAGUACUUGUGUAAUGCAGCAGAAGGACAUAGGAUGAUGGCGAUGAGUUACACUUGCAGGGCCAAACAACUGAAACCGCUAGAAGUUCAGGAGUUCGCCUUGCAUCUUAUCAACUCCAACAUGCAAAUUGAGCCAUUCAACCUGGCGCUUUGGAUGGUGUGGAAUGGCACACCUGCUAAAAACUCUCUUUCCACCUCCAUACCUAAAGAGCAGGAGGUACUGCAACUUCUGGUCAAAGCUGGAGCACAUGUCAACAACGAGGACGACCAUGCCUCGUGGAUAGUUCAGCAGGCUCUGGAGAGAGAGGAUUCAAUCCGGACAUUGCUGGACAAUGGAGCCUCUGUGAACCAAUGUGACUCUACUGGGAGAACUUUGUUGGCCAAUGCUGCAUACAGCGGAAACCUAGAUGUGGUGAACUUGCUCAUAUCCAGACGAGCAAACAUGGAGCUGGAGGACAACCAUGGACAGACAGCACUUACUCUUGCAGCAAGACAAGGGCACACUAAGGUGGUCAACUGCCUCAUUGGCUGCGAGGCAAAUAUCAAUCACACGGACCACGACGGUUGGACCGCCCUUAGGUCGGCAGCCUGGGGUGGCCAUUCAGAGGUGGUGUCUGCCCUCCUCUAUGCCGGGGCCAAGGUUGAUUGUGCUGAUGCCGACAGCAGAACCGCAUUGCGAGCUGCAGCGUGGGGAGGUCAUGAAGACAUUGUUCUGAACCUCCUCCAACACGGGGCAGAAGUCAACAAAGCGGACAAUGAAGGACGGACAGCUCUCAUUGCAGCAGCAUACAUGGGGCACAGGGAGAUUGUAGAGCACCUCUUAGAACACGGUGCAGAGGUGAAUCACGAAGACGCAGACGGAAGGACGGCACUCUCGGUUGCGGCUCUCUGCGUGCCCGCUAGUAAAGGCCACGCUUCCGUUGUGAGUUUCCUCAUUGACCGGGGUGCAGAGGUUGACCACUGCGACAAGGACUGCAUGACACCUCUGCUUGUUGCCGCCUAUGAAGGACACGUGGACGUAGUAGAUCUGCUGCUGGAAGGUGGAGCUGACGUGGAUCACACCGACAAUAAUGGCCGCACCCCUCUUCUUGCCGCAGCAUCCAUGGGUCAUGCCUCUGUUGUUAAUACCCUGCUUUUCUGGGGUGCAGCUGUAGACAGCAUUGACAGUGAAGGAAGAACUGUUCUGAGCAUAGCGUCCGCUCAAGGGAACGUAGAGGUGGUCCGAACUCUGCUGGACAGAGGGCUGGAUGAAAAUCACAGAGACGAUGCAGGCUGGACCCCACUGCACAUGGCCUCCUUUGAGGGUCACCGGCAAGUAUGUGAUGCCCUCAUUGAGCAAGGUGCCCGAUGCACAGAGGUGGAUAAUGAUGGCCGAAUACCCCUAAUAUUGUCUGCGCAAGAGGGUCACUACGAUUGUGUUCACAUUCUUCUGGAAAACAAGUCUUGCAUCGACCAGAGAGGAUACGAUGGGAGGAAUUCUCUCAGGGUGGCUGCACUGGAAGGCCAUAGGGAUAUUGUUGAACUGUUGCUGAGUCACGGCGCCGAUAUAGACUAUAAAGAUGCAGACGGACGCCCAACAUUAUACAUAUUGGCACUUGAGAAUCAGCUGGCAAUGACAGAAUACUUCCUAGAAAAUGGGGCAAAUGUGGAAGUUUGUGACACAGAGGGGAGGACAGCCCUCCAUGUGUCCUGCUGGCAGGGUCAUAUUGAAAUGGUCAGGAUGCUGAUAAACUCUCAUGCCGAUGUGAACUCCUGUGACAACGAGAAGCGCUCUGCCCUCCAGUCGGCAGCUUGGCAAGGCCACGCAAAGGUUGUGCAGUUCUUGAUUGACAAUGGAACUCAUGUGGAUCAUACGUGUAAUCAGGGGGCAACCGCGCUCGGCAUUGCUGCCCAAGAGGGGCACAAAGACGUGGUGCAGAUUCUUCUAGAGCAUGGUGCUGACCCCAACCACGCAGACCAGUUUGGACGCACAGCCAUGCGAGUGGCUGCAAAAGGGGGGCAUUCAAUGAUCAUCAAACUUCUUGAAAAGUAUGGGGCCUCAAGUCUUAAUGGCUGCAGUCCUUCGCCUGUACACACUAUGGAACAGAAGAACCCACUCUCUGUUGCUGGAAAAAUGCAGUCCCUCACGAUAAAAUCUAGCAGCUCUGGCAGCACAGGAGCUGGAGAUAUGCAGUCAUCUGGACGUGGUCUACAGAAUGGCCCAGUCCAUGCUUUCAGCUCCCCUUCGGAAUCUCCCGAUUCUACAGUGGAUAGACAGAAGUCCUCCCUCUCUAACAAUUCCAUGAAAAGUUCUAAGAAUUCCUCGCUGAGAACCACCUCAUCCACUGCCACUGCACAGACCGUGCCGAUAGAUAGUUUCCACGGAAUGACCUUCACGGAGCAAAUCCAGCAACACUCUCUGCCUCGCAGUCGAAGCCGACAGUCCAUCGUGUCGCCCUCCUCCACCACCAAAUCCAUUGGACAUCAGCCGGGGUCUCCAUCAAGUGAAUUUGACUGGGCUCAGGUUAAGCCAGGUCUGAAGUCAACCAAAGCGACUAAGACCGGGAAUGGCACAUCAAAUGGCAAAGGGGGGUCCGGAGACAAGAAAAGGCUUAAGAGCAUUGGAUCCACCCAGGGUCAGGUGUUGGAAUAUGAGAUGACCCAGUUUGAUAAGAGGAUUGCACUCAACAAGUCUGUAGCCAACAUUGCAGUGAAGGAUCCUCAUAGUAAGAUCAUGGUUGGUUGCUCAACCCAGUCAGAUGGGGGACUGACCCAAGAGCAGUUAUUCAUCCAACAGCAGAGCAUUGCAGAGAAAAGGCGAAAUGGCAUUAUGACCAACCCCAACUACCAUCUUCAGGGCAACCAGGUUUUCCUCGGUAGGGUUUCUGUCCCCAGAACUGUACAGAACAGAGGACACCAGGAUGUGCUGGAGAACUAUCCUAUAGGGGAGACUGAAUUAAGCCUUAAACAAGCCCUGAAACUGCAGAUAGAGGGAUCAGACUCUGGGUUUAACUACAAAAAGGAGACACCAUUAUAGCUGAAGUCUUCGAUGCCAUUCGUCAAGCAGACAUCGGAGGGAACGUGCCAAAGCAACUAUUUUCAUCUGCAUAUGAACAGAAUUAUUUUCUCCACUUUCUCAAGUGGAACACUCAGGGCCGGUUCUAGCCAUAAGUGACAUAAGCAGUCACUUAGGGCCCCUGACUGCUAGGGGGCCCCUGACCGCUAGGGGAGUGGGGCCCCAAAUAAAGUUUUGCUCUGGGCCCCGAAAAGGCUAGAGCUGGCCCUGGGAACACCUCAAGAAAACCUAGGGAAGAAUGUUGAUCGCUUCACAAGGCUUACCAUGAACUGACACUUCCAUGUGCCUACAUAUGUUGUAGCCUUCUCGGUGUAAUCAUGCACACUAUAAUUUUAUUUAAUGUGUUGAUAUUUAAUAUGCAGUGUAUGCACUUUUCAAAUAGAGAAAACGACAAACACGCUUUUGUUCAGUUUCCCCUUAUGCUCCUGUGUUUCGGAGUAACCGUUCGAAAGAAUCACACACAGUUUUCUCUUGUUUGUUUCUACGUCACAUCCUGUUGUCCUGCAGUCAUAUGAUGUACAACGAUGUACCUCUCAGUACGUUGCCACAUCUUAUCAGAGGACAUCAAGAUAAUCGAUAUGGAUAGUUUCACAUACAUCGAUACUCUGCCCUUUCCUGGAGACUCACCAUCUGCGUUGACCUCAUCAGUGUGCCACACCUGUGUUGCGUGUGUAAUAUGAUAAUAGCUACGGCAAAUACUAUACAAGUAUAAUCAGGCAUAUUUAUUUUUUUGGGGAGCGAAAAAAAGCCACUUUCAUUUGUCUUGUAUGCUCUAUCAUGGUGCUCUGUUCAAAAGUUGCCUGCAGUUACUUUGGACUCCAUCUUGGUUAUCUUGCUACUGUUUUACUGGCUAUGUAUAUUGUAGUAUUGCAACUACCUAAGGGAGAGAGUUCAUUGAAAAUGUUCAGACCAUUUCAUUUUGUCCCUGUGGGACUUUUCAUGUUUCUGUGUUGCGUGCAUUCGAGUUGAUUAAAAUGACUAUUGGUGUACUGGUGAAACUGCGGCGUUUGGUGCUAAAUGCAAAGUUCUCAAGUGAAAGUAGUGAUGAAUGCAUUUGUUUGUGGAAUUCCUAUUAAACACGCGCAAUGCAAGAAACUACAUUCUAGCUUUGUUUCCCUUGUUGUUGUGGCGUUGCUAAGUUUUGAUAAUUGCAGUAUAUUUUGGGGCGAGACACAAAAAUGGCUUACGGAUCACUCUUUAUGACUUCACUGAGUAUUAGUCUUCAAUAAUGUUAUGGUUUUAAGCAUUGUUUGAAAUGUAUACUUGUCAAGCCAAAGUUGAAACUAAGCAUUCUUUUUUCUCUUUCUGAGCAGCUGCAUAUCGGUUCCCUUGCUUUAGCUCCACUGCACAGGGGUGGGGGUGGGUUUGAAGAUGGUGCUCUGGGAUUGGAAACAUCUGUUUCCCAUGGAUUUUGUGGGGCUGUGUGAGCAAUUGCGUUUCUGUACCAACUUAAGUCAAAGCCCGGCACUUCCCAGUGGAGGCGGGUUAUGAAGGUGUAAUGAAAGAAGGACCUUUUUUUUCUGAUAAAUUCUGGUCAGUUUUCCAACUUCUUUUGCUGUAUGUCAAACUGUCUAUUUGUUUUGCCUAGGUUUGUCUGUCAUCUUGUUUUGAAUUGACCCUUAACAAAUUGUUUGUAAAUAGCUUGCCAUGUACAUUGAACUUUCCAUUUAAAAAAAUGUAUUUCCUGUACUAUAUUAAGCAAAUUUUUUGAUGUAUAUUAAAGUGCUUAAUAAACAUAUUUGCUUUACUGCUGGAAAAGUA